AGUGCACCCAUCCACCGCACACGCCUCCUCGAGCAGCCAUGAGUCUCGCACAGGUCGCCUUGCUGGCCGCGCUCGCCGCGGUGGCGUCCGCCUACCCCUACCCUGGCAUUGAGGAGCUGUACGGCGGGCACUUCGCGGCCGCCCCGGUGGCGCACGCCGCCCCCGUCGCCUACGCCGCCCCUGUCGCCCACGCCGCCCCCGUCGCCUACGCCGCCCCCGUCGCCCACGCCGUCCAGGCAGCGCCCGUUGCCUACGCCGCCCCCGUCGCCAAGGCCAUCGUCCAUCAACCUGAGCCCUACAAUGCGCCAAUACCAACUUCCAAAGUUACACCAACUGGUGUAUUCUAG